UCUGCGCAGAGGCAGGGCAUCUCUGGUUGGCUACGGUGCAGCGCUUUGGACCCCGUAGCCGAGGCUAUUGCUGUAAUCAGUGAGUGAGUAUCAGUUGCCUAGAAAACGGCAGAGGAAAUUAAAGGGUGCCCUUUCAUAAAGAAACCUAUCUAGACGUUUUAUUUGCACAUCUAAAGGAUAAUUAUGACCAAUGGAAGCAGAGGUAUUGAACCCCCAAAUGAUGGCAGACGUCAAUGGCAACAAUAAGAUUGCAGACGCGGAGCUCGAGGUAAAAAAGCUUCAGGAACUAGUCCGAAAAUUGGAAAGGCAGAACGAACAGUUGCGGACAAGAGCAAACGUAAACAAUUGUACUAACGACGCGCAUCACCAGAACUCGCUGCCACCAUGUCUGCAUGGGGGAAAUACAGUAUGUUUAGGGUGUAGUACAAAUUUUCUUGAGAAUUACGGAGGUUCAAGUCCAACAACACCAUCGUAUUCGUCUGCCUUUGGACCGCACAAAGCGACGGAGGAGCCGUUCGAGUAUUUUCAUCCGAGCUCAGUAUCUGAUUCUGCUGACGUUGACAUCGACGACUGCCCGGCUGGACCCACCGUUCUGGAUGAGGUGGAUGUGCUAGACCUCAAUACAGUCCUCCCUAUCUUGGAGUCUGAAAGCUGGCUGCAUGUGUCACCCAAGGCCCGGUUGUUGGGACAGACUGUCCUCAGUCCUCUCCAGUGGUGCCGGCUGGUACUUGAUCACCCUGGACCUGAGGUGGAGCAGGCCAAAAAGAACCUUUUCCACAGACUGGACCAAGUCAAGCGGUGGCGGGGCGCGUCCUCUGCUUCGGUGCGCCCCUACAGUUGUAUAGAGGGGCUCAACUUUGUCAGCGGGCCCAGCUCUUGUCCUAUCCUGCCUUACACUAAACCUCCUGCACUAACCCCCCCUACAGCUUCAUUUUCUCCAUCCAGCCAUACUUUUCUCCAGCAGACUCUUCCAGGGAUUGGCAACUGCAGCCAAGCAGACAGAACCCCCACCUUCCUCUCUCACUCCUCCCUCCAGAGUGUGGCGUUUGGAAAUCGCAGGCAUGCUGCAGUAAGCCCCCAGUCUUCCCUCGACAGUGAGUUGGGAGUACCAGACCUGGAGGAUGACUCUAUCUCUAUGGGCUAUAAACUCCAAGACAUGACAGAUGUCCAAGUCAUGGCUCGCUUGCAGGAGGAGAGUCUACGUCAGGAAUAUGCCUCUACCUCAGCCACCAUCAGCCGCCGCAGCUCCAGCUUCUCCCUCCACUCCCUCCGACGCAGCGAGAUGGACCUGGAAGAGGAAGAGGAGGACGAGGAGGAAGGCUACGACCAGCUCCCCCCUCCUCAGCCUCAACUGUUUCGGAGCGGGUCCAUGCAGAGGGGCAGCUUGCCCCACUCUCACACCUUCUCCAGUAUAAGAGAGUCUGUCCGACGGAGCCCGUCCACCCACCAGUACUCCCUCUCUGGGCUUUCCCAGCACCACCUGUCCUCUGGUCCCUCCAGCCUCACCACAGACACACACAUGGGUUACCGACACACUUCUGACAAACUGCGGAGAAGCAUGCCCAACCUGAUCCGAGCUCCCAGCAUGCCUUGCGUCCCCAGUGUUCCAACCUUGGCUUCCCCUGUCAAUAACUAUCAAGGCCCCACCUCCCUGCCAAUGAACUCUUUGCGGAACAGCCAGAGUUUUGACUCCUCCAAUGGACUUGCACGACUCCAGUCCUCCAUUCCUUCCCCGGGCCAACUCAGCCAACGUGUCCAGAGCGUGGGCAGCUUUCCCUCUUCCACCCCCCGCCACCCCCUCAAAGCCACUGCCUACGUCAGCCCCACCGUCCAGCAGGGGCCGCCCGCCCACCACCCCUCCACCCUCUCUUCCUCCACCAGCCUCCAUUCCUUUCCCAGCUCUGUUGCCCUACCCCAGCCCCUGAAAAGCAGUCCCUCGAUCCCCCAGGCUCUGAAGGCCAUCGCCCCCCAGACUGUUGCUUCCCGCAGUGGCCUACCUCGUCCCACCUCUUUUAUAGGAACCAAUGGGACCCCCAGGCCCAGCAAGAUUGCGCAGCCCACACGCAGUUUACUGACCCCUCCUAAGAGCCUGGCUGCCCUAAGUGCUCUGAGGGAUGGAAGCUGGAAGGAUGGGUGUUACUGACCACUUGGACUAGGGUUAGGAUAAGGCCAGCACCAGGCUAGAACCAGCUCUAAUGUGAAUCUGUCCAGGGUAGUGGGUUUGCAAAGUGAAACCCACCUAAAGACAGUGUUUCAGGUCCAUUAAUUGACUACAUCCUUACAUGACUGACAGGAAGCUAUGCGUUUGACCGACCCAAUAAACACAUAACCCUGGGUCCAGCGGGCUGGACCCUCUGUGGUUGUUCCUCCCGAAGCACAGACUGUUCUUUAAAUGGAGAAGAAUGAACGCAACACUGUGCGAAUGAUUCAUGAUAUUGAUUGGUCUAGUAUUUGCAGUGUGGAUUGUAGGCUCUGCAGCGCUUUCAUCUACACAGAAUGGUUUUCACUCCCAGCUGAGAGAUGAACAUCAAGAGAUCCAAGCUUAUUAAGAUUUUCUAUUAUAAUAAUGCUUCUAAUGUUUUUGUAUUAAACUGGUUUACCAUCAUUCGUUUCUGUUUAACAUUUAAAACUGUGAAACUGUCUAAUCCAAGUUGAGAAUGAAGAAAACUUUUUGUGCUAUUAUAUGGCUGUAGAAGUGUUGUGUUAAACUAUAUUUAUUAUUUUGGAACUUAAGACACCUUUACCAAUACUGUUGUUAACACGUUUAAUCUAAUAUUUCGAAACCUUCUUUUGUAAAUUCUCAAAAGGGAAAUCUGCACCUUCCGUUUCUUUCUUAGGAUUCUUGUUAACAUUUUAAGUGUUCAUAAUAAAGUAAAUUCAUAUCAAUAUUGCACACAUAAGAUAUAAGGUAAUAAAGGGAUGGUACAUUUUCAGUG